AUGGGGGAGCUAAAUUACUUCUUGGGAUUGCAAAUCAAACAAACAACAUCUAGAACAAUGAUCCAUCAACAGAAGUAUGUAAACAAACUCCUCAAAAGGUUCUCCAUGGAAGAGGCAAAAGAGAUCAGCACUCUAAUAGCCACUGCUACAAAGCUUGAUUUGGAUGAAAUAGGUCCUGAUGUGGAGCAAAAGAUGUACAAAGGGAUGAUAGGCUCAUUGCUAUAUCUUAUACCAAGAAGGCCUAAUAUUGUGUUCAACGUAGGAUUAUUUGCUAGAUUUCAAGCAAAUCCUAAAGAGUCUCAUCUAAAAUCUAUAAAAAAGAUCUUUAGAUAUCUUAAGGGAACCAGUGAUCUUGGGCUAUGGUAUCCAAAAGGUAGUAACUUUAACUUGGUAGGAUACUCUGAUGCUGAUUAUGCAGGAUAUAUGGUAGACAAAAAAAGCAUCACAAGUAUGGCACACUUCCUUUGA